AUGAGAGCAUUGCGAUACUAUGGAAAAGGAGAUAUCCGACUCGAACAGGUCGAGGAGCCUAGAGUUCGUCCAGGCUGGGUCAAGGUCAAGCCAGCGUUUGUUGGCAUCUGCGGGACAGAUUUACAUGAAUAUCUUGGAGGAAAUAAUUUGAUACCCAAGCCUGGUCACCCUCAUCCCAUCACUCAAGAAACCUCCCCGGUGACUCUGGGCCAUGAAUUUAGUGGAUUUGUGGAGGAAACAGGUGAUGGAAUCACAGACUUGCAUCAGGGCGAGAGAGUCUGUGUACAGCCGACGAUAUACUGCAAUGAUUGUGAUUCCUGCAAAAGAAACAUGCACAACGCCUGCACCAGGAAUGGGUUCAUCGGACUCAGCGGCUGGGGCGGUGGUCUUGCUGAUUACAUUGCCGUCCCAAGAUCGGCAGUCUGGAAACUCCCCGAAAAUGUGUCUCUUGAAUUUGGAGGCAAGUUUUAUUCAUCAUCAAAGUGGUGCCUAUGGCUGCUAACGAACCCAGCCCUCGUCGAACCACUAGCAGUCGGAUUCCACGCCGUCAGCAUUGCUCCAGUUAUACAUCCAAUUCCAGCUGGUACAGCGCUUCUUGUCCUGGGUGGUGGGCCAAUUGGACUUUCAGUGAUUCAAGCCAUCCUCGCUCAAGCAGACUCAUCAGAUGACCCUCCACUGAUUGUCGUGUCGGAGCCAUCCAAAGCCCGGCAGAAUUUUGCACGUGAAUUUGGAGCCCAGCACGUUGUCGAUCCGCUAAGGCAAGAUCUUGUUACAGAGGUUCAGAAGCUGACAGGCGGACGUGGAUGCGAUGUGGUCCUCGACGCGGCGGGCGUCCAGUCGGGAUUGGACGAGGCAAUGCAAUGUCUGCGGGCGGGAGGUACCGUUGUCAACAUAGCAGUCUGGGAGAAGCGAGCGACGUUGGAAAUGAACCAGCUGACGUUUAGGGAGAGGGCUUACAUUGGAUGCGCAACCUAUAACAAUCAGGACUUUGGCCAUGUUCUGCAAGCCAUGGCAAGUGGCAGGAUCCGCCCGGGUGCGAUGAUUACACGAAUGAUUGACAUUGAAGACAUUGAGGACAAAGGAUUCCGAGCAUUGAUCGAGGAAAAGGACACACAGGUAAAGAUUAUGGUCGAUAUGGGAAGAAUUAGGCGCAAAGAUAGCGCCGUUGUUGUUUCUGGCGAGGGUGGGGGGCGUGAGGUUGUCGUGUAA